UGUUUUUAGAAAAAGAAACGUCUCCACCAUAUUUGCCACGUUCUUUGACCCUUUGGACUCAACAGGAAUCUAUUACCACUAUGGCUAGUAGAAGCCUUCAAGUUGCCUUUAGUGCAUCUUCAAGACUAGGGCUCAGCCGCUCAUUGUUGUACAAGAACUUAGGCGCGACUCAAGUCGGGUUUUCAACCUCGUCUAACAAAGCUGCCAUUAAUAAUGUGACUGUGUUUGGAGGUGGAUUAAUGGGUGCAGGAAUUGCUCAGGUCGCUGCUGUGGCAAAAUAUCAAGUAACGAUAGUUGAUCAAACAAAUGCAAUUCUAAUCAAAACUUUGCAAAGUAUUGAGCGCAGUCUUGGUCGCGUCACCAAGAAACAAUACAAAGACAACCCAGAGGAUGGAAAGAAAUUUGUAGGUGAAACUCUGUCACGCAUCAAGAUCUCAUUAGACACUACUGGAUCCGUGGCUGACAGUGACCUGGUGAUUGAAGCAAUUGUUGAGAAUAUGAAAGUAAAGCACAAGCUGUUUACUGCACUUGAUGAGGCUGCUCCAAGCAACACCCUCUUUGCAACCAACACGUCAUCUCUUCCCGUCGGCGAUAUUGCACAGGUUACUGCCAGAAAGGAUAGAUUUGGAGGAUUACAUUUCUUCAAUCCAGUUCCAUUGAUGAAACUUGUAGAGGUUAUUCGUAUUCCAGAGACUUCAAAUGAGACAUUUGAUGCACUAUUCCAGUUCAGUAAGAGCCUCGGAAAAGUUCCUGUCACAUGCAAGGAUACACCAGGAUUUGUAGUCAAUCGUCUUCUCGUGCCUUACAUGGCUGAGGCAGUCAGGAUGUUGGAACGAGGGGAUGCUACAGCCAAGGAUAUUGACACUGCUAUGAAACUUGGAGCAGGCUAUCCCAUGGGUCCAUUCGAGCUUGCAGAUUAUGUUGGACUCGACACCACACUAUUUAUUAUGCAAGGUUGGGCAGAAAAGUACCCAGAUGUGGAGUUAUUCAAGCCUCCAGAAAUCCUCAAAGAUCUUGUAGCCAGAAACAAAUUUGGCAGGAAAAGUGGUGAAGGAUUUUACAAUUACGAAAAUAUGAAAUAGGUUACUAAACGUGCGUCAGACAUUUCACUGUACAAACUUAUGAAGCCAUUAAACCUUAUCCAAAAGAGAACGUAAAUUUCCGGUAUCUGACUACGACGUUUGUCAUGCCUAGCCCGCUAAGUCACAGAACAUGACAGCCUGCUUAAUUCGGUGUGUGUUAGGUCUAUGGCGAAGUUAAAGUUUUUAGAUUUGGAUGGCGUUCUCUUUUGGAUAAAAUAACUUUGACUUUUCA